GUAGGCCAUUAACUCCAGCUAACAAUCAACACUGUUCAACUUUCAAGGCUCCAGAAAAAACCAAACUUAUAAAACUAUAACUAUAAUACUCCCAAAUCCCAAUACCCAAUACCCAAAAUUAGAUUUGUCCACCUUCAAGCUUCUUACCUUCCCGUCUCUGCUACUUUGAAUGAUUGCUCAACUUCCGUAAUCAAAUACCAGUCUUCGAAUUUCUGGGGAAUUCAAGGGUUUGUUUCAGAGUUCAUCUUCAGCAAUAAUUCAAGCUUGACUUUUUCUUUUAAAAAAUCUUGUCUUUUCCUUUGUAUAUUCCAUUAGGAAAUUUCCAGGUAAAACCCUCUCAAAUUUGCUUAUUUAUAAGAUAACAUCCCCGUUUUGUUUGUUCUUUGCCUUCUGAUUGAGUAAUCUUGUAUACCCAUCUGUAUAUUUUGUCCAAUUUUUGAACCCAAACUGAAAUUGAGACUUUUUUGCAAUCAAUUUGGCUGUUAUUUACAUAAAUAGCUGAAUGUUGUAGAAAUCUGAAUACCCAUUUGUUGUAAGUGUGUAAACCUUGUAUGUUCAGUUCCAAUGUGUAAUUGAUCAGUAGAAUAACAAUUGAAGUUGUAUUUUCGACAUUGAGCAAAUGUCAUUUGUAGUUUGCCUCGGUUUCAGAAUUUAAUUGAUGAAGAUGUAUUUCCAACAUUGAGCAAAUGUCACUUGCAUGUUGCCUGCCAAUACUUGAAUGUGUAUAUUGCUUAGCGUGUACUAGAUGGGUCUGGAAACGUUGUAUAUAUGCCGCCGGCCAUGAGAGUCAGGAUUGGGGCCUUGCUACUGUUGAGGAAUUUCAGCCUAUAUCUAGACUUUGUCGAUAUAUUUUAGCUGUAUAUGAAGAUGAUCUUAGAAAUCCCGUCUGGGCACCCCCAGAUGGAUAUAGAAUGAAUCCUGAUUGGGUGGUACUGCGAAAAGAUUAUGAAGAUACUGGGGGUAGGGUGACUCCGUACUUGGUAUAUCUUGAUCAUGACAAUGCCGAUGUAGUGCUGGUUAUUAGGGGACUAACUAUGGGGAGAGAGAGUGAUCGUGCUAUUCUAUUCGAUAAUAAACUAGGGAGAGCACCGUUUGAUGGUGGGUAUGUGCAUAAUGGUCUUUUAAAAGCUGCUCAAUGGGUUUUUGAUACGGAGCAUGAAGUUUUGAGGGGUUUGCUUGAGGAAAAUCCUACUUAUACGUUGACCUUUGCUGGUCAUUCGUUGGGCGCUGGUGUAGUCUCCUUGUUGGCACUUGUGGCUGUCCAAAAUCUGGAUAUGUUGGGGAAUAUCGAGAGGAAGAGGAUAGGAUGCUAUGCAAUGGCUCCCCCAAGAUGCAUGUCUUUGAAUUUGGCUGUCCGAUAUGCAGAUGUUGUUAAUUCUGUUGUGCUUCAGGAUGAUUUCUUACCCCGUACAACUGCUGAUUUAGAAGAUGUUUUCAAGUCACUAAUCUGUUUGCCGUGCUUAUUAUGCGUCAUGUGCUUGAAAGACACUUGCAUGAUGGAGGAGAAGAUGAUAACAGAUCCGAGGAGGCUGUAUGCACCAGGCCGUGUAUAUCAUAUCGUGGAGAGAAAGCCCUUUAGAUUUCAAAGAUUUCCUCCAGUUGUAAGAACAGCAGUUCCUGUUGAUGGAAGAUUUGAGCAUAUGAUCUUAUCCUGUAAUGCUAUUUCCGACCAUGGAAUCAUUUGGAUUGAAAGAGAAUCCCAAAUUGCUCUUGAUUUGAUGAUGGAAAAUGACCGCGUAAUGGAUAUUCCACCAAAUCAAAGGAUGGAACGGCAAGAGAAACUUGCAAGAGAACACACACAGGAGUAUAGAAAAGCCCUCGAGAGGGCUAUCGCCUUGGAUGUUCCUCACUCAUUCCUACCUUCACCAUAUGGAACCUUCAAUAACCCCCCCGAGUCAGGAGAGGGUUCGGAUAGAUCAAGUAUAGAAGGCUCAUCAUCAUCAUCAUCCAAAAGGAGGAGGGAGAGCUGGGGUGAUUUAAUUGGGCGACUUUUUGACACCAAUGAGUCGGGCCAUAUGGUACUUAAAUAAUAACAAGUUAUACAAUACAAAUUCACAAUCAAAUAUUGCUUUUUGCUUGGCUAUCACAUUCUUUGAUUAUUCAUACUCCAUUACUUUGUAAAUUAGAAAAUUUUCCUCCAAUAUUAGUAAAAAUGGAACAUUCUUUUAUUUGUUUUAAGUUCUA